AAAAUUUUCAGCAACCAUAGUCAACCCACGUUGUACCGACCGUUUAAUUAGGUUUGGAAUUGGAAACGGAAGCCACUACUCUUCGUACUACAAACAUGUCAGAUGUCAACCUUUAACCUCAAACUCAAACAAAAACUAUCAAACCAUCCCAAAGGAAUAUUUUUUGUCUUUUGAUUUGGGUUUUUUACUACCCAUGUUUGAUUUUUAAAAAUACAUUUGAUAAAUAAUCUAGACCUUCUUCAGUAUUAAUUUCAACCACAUCCAACUGUAUUCACAGACAAUAUGAUAACUCUCUCUCAGCGCUUGAAAAGAAAAAACGAUGCAGAAACAGUGCCAGCUUCUAGGGCCCCCAUCAGAGACCGUUUACUAGUUAAGGAAGCACAAGAAAUGUCCCAAAUGUUACCAUCAUCCUGUUCAGUGUUGUAUCACAACGAAAAUGACUUGAGUAAAUUUGUUUUGAUAGUAAAACCAACAGAAGGGUACUGGGAAGGAGGGAUUUUUAGAUUUGAUAUUGAUGUUACUGAGGAAUAUAAUAUGGUGCCUCCUUUAGUGAAAUGCUCAACAAAAUUAUGGCAUCCCAAUAUUUCUGAAAAUGGCGAAGUCUGCCUAUCUUUGCUCAGGAAACAUAGUGUAGAUGGAAUGGGAUGGUCUCCAAUAAGAAGAUUAAAUGAUGUUGUUUGGGGUCUUCAUGCCUUAUUUACAGAUUUACUAAAUUUUGAAGAUCCCCUGAAUGUUGAAGCAGCUGACCAAUAUAGAUAUUCGCAAGAUAAUUUUAAAAUAACAGUAUUGGAAUAUGUGAGAAAUUAUGCAAAAGAGUAGGUGCAUCAGUCGCUUCAUGAUUUUAAUGUACCUUUCAAUUUAUAUUGUACUUUUUUUCUAAGUUAGCAAUUAUUUUUAGUUAUUGUGAUAUAUUUGUUUAUUUUCUUCACUUCGCCAUCCAGAUUCUAAUCCGAUUCAUUAUUACUGUCAAUGUAAUAGAGUAAAAGAAAACUUAUUCUGCUUAUUGUGUGAAAAUAAACUAAGCAGAAAAUGAACUGUGACACCCCCAAGUAGCACUAUAUUUGAAAAGCUGUAACUUUUCUGAUUGUUAAUCUCAAACCACUGUUGGAAAGCCUUUUUUUUCAGUGGUGGUGGAACCACUUUCGACCAAAGGUUUCUUAUACACUGUGUCCGUAAAGUAACGGAUAAAUUCAUUAUUUUGAAAACGGUAGAAUUUUUGAAAAAUCGCUCAGACACGUCAAUUUUGUUUUUUUGUUUGAAAUUUGUUGAUAUAUUUUUUAUUAUACAGGGUUUCUCAAAAAUAGCUCCGCUGCUAUCAACUUUGUUUUUUCAAAUGGAUCACCCUGUAUAUUAUGACAUUUAUGGAUUCUGCGGAAAAUGUUUGACAUAUUUCAUGUAAAAUGUUAUAUACCUAUCUUCAACUGUUUCGGAAAUAUUGACAGUUGAAAAUUGAUUUUUUUGCAACUUUGACAGGCUGUAAAACCUGAACGGUUAAUUUUAGAGGAAAACCGAUUUUACAUUCCUAUCUUAGAUUUUCAUAAACUAUCAUUUGACACCAACUUUGAACUUAUCCGUGAUUAAAAAUUCCGGUUAAAUCUAAUGUCGGGGUUAAUUCAAAGUUGGUGUCAAAUGAUAGUUUAUGAAAAUCUAAGAUAGGAAUAUAAAAUCGGUUUUCCUCUAAAUUUAACCGUUCAGGUUUUACAGCCUGUCAAAGUUGCAAAAAAAUUAAUUUUCAACUGUCAAUAUUUCCGAAACAGUUGAAGAUAGGUAUAUAACAUUGUACAUGAAAUAUGUCAAAAAUUUUCCGCAGAAUCCAUAAAUGUCAUAAUAUACAGGGUGAGCCAUUUGAAAAACGAAGUUGAUAGCAGCGGAGCUAUUUUUGAGACACCCUGUAUAAUAAAAAAUAUAUCAAAAAAUUUCAAGCAAAAAAACAAAAUUGACGUGUCUGAGCGAUUUUUCAAAAAUUCUACCGUUUUCAAAAUAAUGAAUUUAUCCGUUACUUUACGGACACACUGUAUACUUAUGUACUGAAUUUGUCAGCAUGCAAAAUUUGAGAAGCUCAUCGAAGAAUCUGGAAAUUUUGAUGGAUAUUCAAAUAUUUAGUGGUCGACUGUAACCAAUUUAUUGACAAUAAUUCAGAAUAUAUCAGAUGCUUUAAAUGAGCAAGGCCAGAUUGAUGUUGUCUAUACGGAUUUCAAAAAGGCGUUUGAUAGUUUCUUUUGUGAUAUUGAUUGAUAAAUUAAAAAGGGAGCUUGGAUUCCAUUUCACCUUGAUUCAAUUUUUUCAAAAUUUAUCUGUAUAACCGUCGGCAUAACGUGUCGAUAAAACGCUGCAACUCACAUUCCUUCAAGUCAACUUCAGGCAUACCACAGAGAUCCAAUCUUGCACCACUGUUGUUUCAUACAUCAACAGUGUAACAAGACGACUCAAAAAUUUAUUAUUAGAUCAAAAACGACAACGAUUGUACGUCUCUGCAGGCCGAUAUAGACAAUAUUAUUGAAUGGUCAUUAUAGAAAACAAGGUUUAUUUUAAUGUAAAUAAAUGUUUUGUCAUAACAUAUACUAGAAAAGUGGUUUCUCACUUUCUCGCAUCUCUGAAAUUAAGGAUCUAAGGUUACCUAAUAUUUGAUUUCGGAUUGAUGUUUAAUGCUUAUGUGGCUGAUGUUGAGAGUAUAGGGCUUGUAAUAUGUAUGGUUUCAUUGUGAGGAAUACUAGGGAUUUUAAGAACCUGCAAUGUUUGAGAAAAUUAUACUUAUGUAUCUUAUAUACGAAACAUAUUAGAGUAUGCUAGUAUAAUUUGGUGUACCUUCUAUGAGUGUCGAAAGUACUCUCUUCAAAGGGUGCAAAAUAAAAUGUCCCACUAUAUUAAGAUAUUUUAAAGAAGUGGGUGUCUAUGAUUUCAAUAUUGCAUCAUCUUCACUUUGUGACGCAUAUGGUUUGGAAACUUUACAGAAACAAAGACUUAUAGAAGUUUGCAUGCUCUAUUUGUGUAAAGCUCUAUUUGUAUAAGAUAGUGUAGAUAUAUUCAGUACCAGCUUCAACAGGUUUGUUCAAUUGUUAAAGAGGUAUUGUGUUUAUAUUUUGUACUUUGUAAUAGGAUUUAUUCAUGUAGUAGAUCUGUUGAGUAUUGUAGAAUAGAUAAACAUUUCUUUAUGCAUAGGGUGGAUCAUGAGAUUGAUAGCUCUGGAUGUUUUUGCAAUUUUUAUGAUAUCUUGAGUUGCUAUGGAAAUAUAGCGUUUUUGUCAAUUUUUUUGUAUGGGUUAGCUAGAGGUGCAUAGGUCCUGAUGGGAAGUUUUGAUUUUUUUGUUUUUUUUUAAAUUUAUUUCGGUCAUCCAUCAAAGAGUUAGGUAAGUAAUGAAAAUGUUGAUAUUAAACACGAACAGGAAUAAAAUGGAACUUUCGACAAUAUUGGCUUGCGAAAAGAGAGUAAUUUUUCUUAACCAGGCUGCUUUUCUUUAGCCUUGUUAUUGUUGGUUCUUUGUAAUCAACAAACACAAAGCAAUUAAAGUCAAUUGACGAAGUAGUGUGUUGCAAGAUGCAAGGGCGCUUGAUAGAAAUGAAUGUGACGUGUGAAACUCAAAGUUAUAGAUAUGGAGGAGGACGGAGAAAAAAACUAAUUCAUAUCUGCCCUGAUUGAAUAAGAAAUCGUCUACAUGAUCUAGAGGGCUCGUCGCCGAGAAAAGUGUUCCCUUUUACCGCAACCCAUAGAUUGAACAGGAGAAGAUAGGCAAAUGAACACUUACUCUGAGAAGUACAGUGGUGAGACUGCCUUUUCACAGUUGAAUGUCGCAUCAACCUGUCUGAUGGCCAUUUCAAAUAUUAACUUAGAGGAGGCGUGUUAAAAAAUGGAUGGAAAAAAAUAUGCUUGCCAAACUUGCAUUUGGAGGUGGGGGUGUUAUGGUUUGGGGCGGCAUUCAACACAAUAUGGAAGAACAGAACUGGUUAGUCUAGGAUUUACGUGGAGGAAUUUUUAACAACAUUCGUCCUUUCGCAUGCCAGGAAAUAUGGAGAUAAUAAUCUUGUUUCUGCACAGCAAUUUUAUUUAAUAUAAUAUCUUCAAGCACUCCCAGAUCACCAGAUAUAAAUCCAAUCGAGCACGUCUAAAGUUAGAUGAAAUUGAUACUUGUAAAACGAGAGCACCAACCGGAAAAACUAGACGAGCUUGAGGCCAUGAUCAUUAAGAUCUGGGAGUUUCAGCUGAAAUCGUCAAAAAUUUAACUUCUAGCAUGCCCUGGCGAUGUGGAAAAGUUCUUGAAAAAAGAGGGGGCCAACAAAUUAUUAGUUUUUAGUUAUUUGCCUAUUCUUUUCAUUAUCGUUUUGUUUAUUUUCCAGUACCUAUUCUUACUAUUUGUUAAUAUGUAAUUGAAUUAAAGAAAUUAAACCCCUUCUCGCAUGUCGCUACUACUUUUUUUCUACUUCGAUCCCUCUUUUUUGCCUAACAUUAAAACCAAGCACCAUAAUAACACACGUUUCUUAAAAUAUACGCUGCCACUGGUAACUAAAAUAAAGAUUUUAGUUUGGUCCCACUUGUACAUAAUUUAAUUAUUUUCUUUGCCUAGCUCAUAAAUCAAUAACUAAAAAUUUGCGAAAAAACGCAUAGCAACGCAAGAUAUCAUAAAAAUUGCAAAAGGUGUGAAUCUCGUGAUCCAUACUAAGCAUGAAGAAUCACUCAACUAUAUGUCAUAAUUUCCAGAGUCUUCGAAGGAUUUCUCAAAUUUUGCAUGCUGACAAAUUCAGCACCCUGUAUAUUAUAAAGCUUUGGUCAAAAGCGGUUCCGCCACCACUGAAAACAGUAUAAAGAUUGGGCUUGCCAACACUGAUUUGAGAUUCACAAUCGGAAUGAAAUUACAAAAGUUACCGCUUUUCAAAUAUAGUGAAAUUUUGAGUUAUCCCACUUCAUUUUCUGCUUAGUUUGGUUUUGAUAAUCCUAAUUUUGUUUAUUGUUUAAAAUAAGCUGAAUUUAUUCUACUUCUCCAUUUUUAAAUAUGUACCUCACACUUUUUUCUUGACUAUUUUUUAUAUCUACAUUAUGAAAUGUAGUAGUGACAUUGUAACAAUUAAAUUUACAUUAUCCAUAUUCAGAAAAGUCCAAUUUUUUUUGCAUGAUGUGAGUGAUAUUUCCUUUUUAUUUUAAAUGUACUGUACAAAUAUUUAGGGUAUUAGGAUAUAUUUUUUAUUGGUAGAAUUUUUUUUUUAACCUUAUCUUUUGGAAAAUAAAAUCGUUUUUGCAAACAUCCUGGCUGGUAUUUUACUUCAUCAUGUCAACAAUUUCUUCACAGCUGUAUAAAAAUUAACCCGAAGGAGCCCUGUUUGAAUUAAGUGUUUUCUUCAGGCAAUCUAGUGGGAAUUUGCUGUGGCAGAUUCUUUUUGGCUUGCUAACGGCUCUUGAAAAU